AUGGCAAGCAUCAAGAAGUGGUUUCGGAAGAGAGUGUCAGGGAAGAAAGACGAGCCAUCCCCGCUCAGUCAACUGCCCCUUCUCCCGGCCCAAAGACCUCAUUGUCUCACCCCAUCGGCCUCAUCUGAAGAUCUGACCUCCUACUAUCUCUUCAAUUACGGAAGCUUUGGAUGUCUUCCACCAGAGAUACGCCGCGAGAUCCUUAUCUUGGCGUUUGGCGCGCGAACGAUCCACGUCGAUCUGUCAUUCGGUUAUCCUUUAAUACGCGAGAACAAACUGAAGAGACCUGGGAACCAUCUCGCUCCGCGCAGGACAGAUAAGGACACACAUUAUGGUAUCGGCUCGGACUUGGUCACCAACAAUCUUAUGCCUCGUCGCUGGCAGUGGCUCAGCUGUGUCUGCCAUCGAUCACCACCAACGCUGCCAGAAGGCUGCAAAGCCACCCCGCUACCCUAUGAUGACGAAUGCCUCAGAGCCACCUCUUGCUCUUAUACGUUGGAGGACGGAACCCGCAAGAAACGAGAGAAUCUGGACAGCUGCUUCAUAGGUGUACUUGGAUGGCUUCUUGCGUGCCACAUGGCAUACACAGAGGGCAUAGAUGUUUUGUUCGCGACCAACACGUUCCACUUUUCCAGGCUAGAAAUAUUGGAGAACUUGCCGGGUCUAUUUCUCCGCCAAAGACUUGCUAGAAUUACCUCGCUUGAGAUUAACUGGCACUCCCAAAAGUUGAAUGACAGGACAGGCCAUUAUGUUUAUUACUUGGUGUGGCCAUGGCAGCAGAUUCCAGUGGGCGAGCCAUACACCCCAUUUCAUAAUUUGUGUCGACUGAUUCCCGACGUGUUUCCACACGCUCAUCACCUCUACAUCUCAUUUCAAGACUUCCUCUUGGAGCCCAGGGGUGAAAUCUUUGAGACCUUUGUGGUAGAGUCAAUCACACUGCGCCCCAUCGAAGAGAUGGUACGAGUGCUGGGAUCGGGGAGACAGGUCAAAGUCGCUCUCCCAAAAGAGGCCUUCGGUAUCAUGCUGACAAGGAAUCGGGAAUCUCACGGAAAUGACCUGAUCAUCGAGACGGACAAGGAUAAUCGGCACCAAGUGCGGGUCUGGAAGGCGCUGGAGCCUACCGGUGAUUUGGGUUACUGGAUUGCCCCUGGAUUGGAUACGUUCUUUCCAAGGUAUCAAGCUGACGAACAUAUCUUCAGAUUGUAAGCCACAGUGUGAAACGUUUUAUAGGUUGCAAAAAUCUGCCUAGCAUGCAU